UACAACACCAUCCAGGAGUUCUGCAGCAGGACGCGAGCCUCGUGCCCUCCAGGCCCCGACGGACCAGAGGGGCCCCCCGGCGAGCCCGGCAGCGACGGCGAGCGGGGCGACCGCGGCCUCCCGGGCCUUGCAGGACCCAUGGGGCCACGGGGGGAGAGGGGCUUCCCCGGGAACCCAGGCAUCACAGGGCCCAAGGGCGAGAAGGGAGACAAAGGUAGACCAGGAAUGGACGGCCGGGAUGGGCUUCCAGGUGAGCCGGGUCUAGAUGGAAUCCCGGGAAGGAAUGGGCUCAACGGCAUCCCGGGGGUAGAUGGCAUCCCUGGCAGGAACGGCGAGAAGGGCUACAGCGGGAGGGACGGAAUUGACGGAAUUCCCGGAGGAAAGGGCGACAAAGGCCCACCUGGACUCCCUGGUACCCGAGGUAUUCCUGGACCCCGAGGACGAUCAGGCAACCCAGGUGAAAAAGGUGAAGCGGGGGUUCCUGGUUUGAGCACCUGGCUUAUCAACGGUACCGAGGUUGAGAAGCUUCUUAUUCCACCAGAAAUACCGGGGUCGACCCGCAAGAAGCCCAGACGUCGUAAGACUAUCAUUGUUCGCGAGGGAGACAACUUGCGCAUGCGCUGUAACCCGACGGGAGAACCUCGGCCGCAGGUGGAGUGGAGCAGGGAGGACGGGGGGGUCAUUCCCACGGGCCAGUGGAAGGACAGUGGUCUUAACAGCCGGAUCCUGAACUUAACACACGUCCGCCGAGACCACACCGGAACCUACCUCUGCCAGGCUUACAACGGGGUGCCGCCCUCCGAUUACAAGAGUUUCAAGGUCGAAGUUCACUUUGAACCGUACCUGCGCAUUAGACAGUGGAAGGUCGGAACUUAUAACGGAUCAAAUGCCAGGCUCGAGUGCGAGGUGCAGGCCUUCCCCCAGCCGGUGACAUACUGGGAGGACCAACACGGGCAUAUCCUCGACAACUCAAGCAAAUACUCCGUUGCUUAUCAUCCGAAUCCGAAUAUUUUGUGGAAGAGUGUGAUGAUCUUAAACAUAUCGGACAUCGAGACAGCUGACUUUGGAGACUACCAUUGUGUCGCCAAGAACGAACUGGCAAUGAUCAGAGGGCACGUGAAGUUGUAUGAGAUCGACCCGACUCUCUACAUCCCCAAGACGGGUACCGAAGACAUCCUCACCUUCGGCCUCGAUGCCCCAAGGUACUCGGAACUCUUCGAUGACUUGUGCCCGCCUAUCCAGGAGUGCCCCGAAUGCCCCAAGACGCCCAAGUGUGCCGAGGGACGUGGCACUCUUUUCGGCUUGCAGGUGGAACAGUUCGGGAACAAGACGUAUCCUGGAUUUAGGAACAGAACUUUCGAUUGUAUGUUAUCGGCGGUUGGCAAACCCGUGUACCACCGCCACACUGACUCCAACUACGGGUCGUGGAUGAGGGAUCCGCAUCCCCGAGACACGUCACUCGAAACGAAAUUCUACACGACGGAUCCCACCAGCUCUUAUUACCUCUAUGAAUUCAGCGACAAGAACCAGUACAGGAAGAAUCUGCCCAGUAAGAACUACACGCUGCCUCGGCCUUUCGUGGGCAACUCCCAUGUCAUGUACAACGGGUCCUUCUACUAUCACGAGCAAGGGCACCAGAGGAUCAUAAGGUACGAACUCAGCUCGGGCAAUACCAAGUCCGUCGAUGUCCCUGAGGUGGCCACAGAUGGGAACAAUUACCUGUAUAAGGAGAGUCGAGACUACAUCGAUCUUAAUACGGACGAAAACGGGUUGUGGGCUAUCUAUGGCUUGCCUUCCAACAACAACACGGUGGUUAUGAAGCUUGAUCCUUGGACGCUGAAGGUGGAAUACAGCUGGAAUAUCUCCCUGAGUCACCAUAGAUUUGGCGAACUGUUCAUCACGUGCGGCGUCCUCUAUGCCAUCGACAGCACGACUGAACGAGACACCAAGAUCAGAUUCGCCUUGGACUUGUACCGCAAGAGCUUCCUCGACGUGGAUCUUCAGUUCAACAAUCCUUUCAGGAUGACGACUAUGUUAGGUUACAACCCCAGCACCAAGGAAAUCUACUCGUGGGACAGCGGCAACCAGCUGACUUACCCCAUAAAGUACAUCGACAUCGGCUACAACACUCCCGACGAGGAGCGCGGAGGACACGAGACCUCGCCGUACCACAUGGACUACGAAGAGGACUUCGAGAUCGACGACGCGCGCCCGAGCUAACACCAGUUCGUGCGCCAUUCCAGAGCUCAUCGUCCUCUAUAGUUUACUAUGGAAUGCGAUUUUCUUUGAAGGAAAUCGUUCAUAGAAAAUGGGGAGUUUUGAUUGCAAAUAUGAAUGACGUCAGUUGUCGAAUGAAAAUUUGUUCUAUCUCUUAGGUAACACGGGGUCUGCUUAGACCCGUAAAGGUGUUUAAAGGAUAGUAGACGAUAUGAGAGAAAAGCGAUACCUCAUCAGUUUUUAAUUGUAGGGAAAUACAGAGAACCUGACCUAUGGCUGCUGCGUAGAAGUAAACGAGAGUGAUCUUGGUCAGUUGGUGAGGAAGCCAGUCUUUGAAACCGUGUUCGAGAUAUCAACGACAUCUUUCAAAUUGCUAAAGUAAGAGAUUUAUUGAUACUAAUAAAAUUCUAGGUAAUUAUGACGUGUGUCAGGCGUCCCCAAUGUCAAAACAUUAAUGAGUUAAACCAGUGGAGAUUAUGUUCAAUACCAGAAUCUAGGACCUGUAAGGGAUAAGAAUCAGAAUAUGAAAAUGAGAGAAAAAACUGAAGCCGGAGAAAAAGAAGAAAGGAAAACAAAAAGAGUGGAACUCGGCGACAAAGAAGAAAAGAGCAAAUCCAACAUUGUGGAACUGAAAUUCCGCCAAGUGAUGUCCGUAAGAUAAAUUGAAUCGUCUUGUGCAGACAGAAUUCAGGUGGAAGCCCAGAUAGCAUCAGGUUCUAGAUGUUUGAUAGUUUGUCAUAGGAUUUCAGAUAGUGUAUAGUUGGAACAAGUGCUUUACGCAAGUUACAGUGUAUGAGUUUUAUAGCUUCUUAUAGGCAGGAUGGUACUAGAAAGUAACACAACCUUUGUAUUCUGCUGAUUAUAAACUCUAAAUUUACCACAUAGAUUGUUUUCUACUCUCUUAAAGUCCUAGGAGCAGAUCAGCCAUUUCACUAUGUAUGAGAAAAAGAUCAGUGACAUAGUAAAAGAAACAGAAAUAAUAAAAAAACUGAUGUUAUAGCUUGAUGGCGCGCCCGAAACGCUGCAAAGAUGCAAGUGGAGUGACGCAGCGUCCGAAACAUUGCCCGAGUUUCUCCUGAUAUACUCAUUUUCAAUGUUCUCUUUAUGUUUGUUGUUCGGGAUCGGUUGUGGAUGCGUUAAUCAGCAACUUCUGCAUUUAAAUGUAAUUGUCAGUGUUAAGUGUUAUACUUGAAGUGUUGUAUACCAUAACAUGCUAGUAUGUGCAUUUAUCAUGCCACAAGAGAGGUGCCGUAAGAAUUUACGUAUUUUUAUAGCCCGGACACUUAAGUGUUUUAACUCUGAUAGGGAGAUCAAGUGCCACAUAACAUUUAAAGUUAUUGUACAAAAGGGAGCUUGUAUGACUGAUACUGAUGUAAUACGAAGCUACACUUUUUACAUAAUUGGUUAUUUUGAUUUAAUAAAAAAGUAAUAACAUCAUGAUUUGUGAUGAUUUAGUAUUGACGAGAGUUACCCAAGAACCACAUGAUUUUAAGGAAAAUAUGGAAAUUAUGAAGGUUAAAAUCGCACAAAAUAAAAUUAAUGCGCUAAUGUUAUUAUCUCUUGUUGCUACUGAUAUAAUUUUCAUAAUAAUGA